CACUGCACCCUCUGAAAACCGCAUCGUCCUGCCAUACGUGGAAUCGUCCAGCGCCAUGCUGCUGGUUCGCAAGUCGGAUAAAAACGUUGCUUAAUCGACUACAAUUUACGUGAUCCACCAAAAAACAUUCGAGUGCUCGAAGAUCGAAUUGUGCCCACUUUCCUCCACUUCCAAUUUCGUACGGUUGAGUAUUCCGGAUCGUCCUAUUACUUGUUGACAUCAGGUCUUUCUCGCGGGGAAGAUGAGGCAUUCUGAUGGAAAGCACAACUCAGACGUGGACGAUCUUAUUUCCUCGUAGCAGAAUGACGACAAGAUUCAAUUUAACAGUUUGAACCACCCAUUACUUUAGUCAGUGGAUGUUUACUUCCUUGUUUGAAAAGUUGGACUUGUAUUUCGUGCGUGAGGACCAAGAGUACUGUGAUUUCAGCCAAGUCGAAUGCGACUCCGAGAAUUGCAUCCGGUGCACAUUUUUACUGUAGGUGUAAGCUCGUGACACGGCAUGAAGCUAAGCAAGUAAGAAGAAACCGUCGAGAAAAACAUGGGGACGAAUCAAUUGAUAGUGGCGGCAAUUGUACUCGCGGUUGCCACCGUCUGUCGCGCGGAGUGCCAGACUCGUUCUGUUUACUGCUACGAAUGCGACUCGUGGACGGAUCUCCGAUGCAAGGAUCCAUUCAACUAUACCGCACUCCCGAGGGAUCAACCACCCCUCAUGACAUGUAACGGCUGUUGCGUGAAAAUGGUUCGCAACGCAAAGUCACCGUACGAGAGCGUGAGGCGGACCUGUACAUCACAGCUACAAAUAAACUUAUUCAUGGUGGACCACGUGUGCAUGAUGGAAAGUACCGGCACUGGUCACAUGUGCUUCUGUGAGGAGGAUAUGUGCAAUCGUGUCUCCCCGACCUCGUGUUCGAAUCCCGCACUCCUGCUGAUCCUGUCGACCAUCCUUGUACUACGCUCGGUCAUCUUAGGGACCCCAGCUUGCUUUGUAGAACGUUGCAAUGGUCAUGUCGUAUAACACUGAUUUUACUCGAUUCACCCGGCAGUGGUUUGCGAUCAUAUCCUCGUAGAGUUUUUAGUUUUAGUCGGCGACUAGAACUAUCUUCGGGAACGAUUCUGUCUGUACAGAGACAAGUUGGAUACCCGCGAGCUCUCAUACGCGUCUUUCUUUCCACGAUGAUAACGAGCGAGAGGUAAGAUAUACGUUUCUUUCGUCGAAGGAAAGAGGAUCGAUCGGAAUCCAUACAAAUUUAAGAAAAUAAUCUGUCGUUCGAAUCUCUUUUCUUCGCGGAAGAAGACUUUGCACUCUGUUUCGCUCAUCCCUCUAUUCGGCGUAAUCAGU